AUGAACGCCAAGAAGAAAGGGAGCCCCGCGCGGACUCGUUCCAUGAUGUCCCUGUCGGUGCGGCCACAGCGCCGCCUGCUCGGCGCCCGGGUCAGUAGGAGCCAGUCCUUCGCAGGUGUCCUCGGCAGCCACGAGCGGGGGCCCAGGAGCUUCCCGGCCUUCAGCCCCCCGGGGCCCCCACGGAAGCUCCCAGCACUCUCCCGAGUAUCCAGGAUGUUUUCCGUGGCACAUCCGGCCCCCAAAGUGCCACAGCCUGAACGCCUGGACCAGGUGUACGCUGCCCUCAAGCGGGGCCUGACGGCCUACUUGGAAGUUCACCAGCAGGAGCAGGAAAAACUCCAGGGGCAGAUAAGGGAGUCCAAGAGGAAUUCCCGACUGGGCUUCCUGUAUGAUUUAGACAAGCAAGUCAAGUCCAUUGAACGCUUCCUGCGUCGGCUAGAGUUCCAUGCCAGCAAGAUUGACGAGCUGUAUGAGGCAUACUGUGUCCAACGGCGUCUCCGGGAUGGUGCCUACAACAUGGUCCGUGCUUAUACCACUGGGUCCCCAGGGAGCCGAGAGGCCCGGGACAGCCUCGCCGAGGCCACUCGAGGGCAUCGAGAGUACACGGAGAGCAUGUGUGUGCUGGAGAGCGAGCUGGAAGCACAGCUGGGUGAAUUCCAUCUCCGGAUGAAAGGGCUGGCCGGCUUUGCCAGACUAUGUGUGGGCGAUCAGUAUGAGAUCUGCAUGAAGUAUGGGCGUCAGCGCUGGAAACUACGGGGCCGCAUCGAGGGUAGCGGGAAGCAGAUGUGGGACAGUGAGGAAACCAUCUUUCUGCCUCUGCUCACAGAAUUCCUGUCCAUCAAGGUGACAGAAUUGAAGGGCCUGGCCAACCACGUGAUUGUGGGCAGCGUCUCCUGUGAGACCAAGGACCUGUUUGCUGCCCUGCCCCAGGUUGUGGCUGUGGACAUCAAUGACCUUGGCACCAUUAAACUCAGCCUGGAAGUCACAUGGAGCCCCUUUGACAAGGAUGACCAGCCCUCAGCCACUUCUACUGUCAACAAGGCAUCCACAGUCACCAAACGCUUCUCCACCUAUAGCCAGAGCCCACCAGACACACCCUCGCUUCGGGAGCAGGCCUUCUAUAACAUGUUGCGACGGCAGGAGGAGCUAGAGAAUGGGACAGCGUGGUCCCUAUCAUCCGAAUCUUCGGACGACUCAUCCAGCCCACAGCUCUCAGGCGCUGCCCGCCACUCCUCAGCCCCCAGGCCCCUGGUGCAGCAACCUGAGCCCCUGCCCAUCCAAGUUGCCUUCUGUAGGCCUGAGACCCCCACCUCUGGGCUCAUGAAUGAGGAGGGUGCCAUGGCCCCAGCCCUGGCCAAUGGGCAUGCCCCCUAUAGCCGGACACUGAGUCACAUCAGCGAGGCCAGUGUGGACGCUGCCUUGGCAGAGGCUUCAGUGGAGGCUGUGGGCCUGGAAAGCCUAGGUCAGGUACCUAGCCCACCUGCACACCCAGAUCCCACCCAGGGGGAAUACCUCAGUCCUGUCUCUCCUGCCCAGGACCCUGGUCAUUCUACCACAAGCCCAACCCUCAGUACAGUAGGCCCUGCCCACACAUCUGCAGACCCUGCCCCACCUGAACAACUAGACCCAGUUCACAAGGCCACAGACUCUGGUUCUUCUGAGCUGCCAGGCCCUACCUGCUCUACUAUAAGCUCCCCCUAUAGCACCAUAAGCCCUACCCACAGUGCUAUAAGCCUCACCUACACUAUCACAGGCUCUACCCAUAAGCCCAUGGUUUCUACCCUCACUACUGCAGGCCCUACCCACAGUGCUACAGGCCCAGCUGAGACCACCACAAGCCCCACUCACACUACUGCAGGCUCUACCCACACUACCACAAGCGCCACCCAUACCACUACACGCUCCACCCACACCAUCCCAAGCUCCACCCACACUACCACGAGCCCCACCCACACCACCAUAAGCCCCAUCUACACUACGACGAGCCCCACCCACACUACUGUAAGCCACACCCACACUACCACGAGCCCCACCCAUACCACUACAAGCCUCACCCAUCCUGCCACAAGCCCCACUGUUAAAACUGUAAGCCCUUCCACUUCUUUAGAGCUUGUUACUCUCUCCAGCCCCUCUGUGCACACACAUCCCACCCUCUCAGGCACCAACUCCCUGCCAUUUGGCCACCCAUCCUGCACCCCUUGCACUCAGGCAGACCCUGUAGCCCCCAGCACCUCCUCCCCCAGUCCCACCUGUUCUGGUUGGGAACCCCUCACAAGCCCUACCCCAGAGCCCAAUGUUCAGAGCCCAAGCCCCCCUCCCUCACCCCUAGCCCCUGCACCCCAGCAUUCAGACCUUAGCCCGGCCAUGGGUGCCCAGGCCUUAGUCCCAGAGGCAGCUGGAAGGGCCGGAGACAGGAGGCUGGAGGAGGCACUGGGGAAUCUAAUGGCGGCCCUAGAUGACUAUCGUGGUCAGUUCCCUGAGCUGCAGAGCUUGGAGCAGGAGGUGACCCGGCUGGAGAGCCUGCUCACGCAGAGGCAAGGCUUGACCCGGAGCCGGGCCUCCAGUCUUAGCAUCACUGUGGAGCAUGCCCUGGAGAGCUUCAGCUUUCUCAAUGAGGAUGAAGAUGAAGACAAUGAUGGUCCUGGGGACAGGCCCCCAAGCAGCCCGGAGCCUGGGGCUGAGGACAGCCUAGACUCACCCAGCGCCUGCCCCCUCAGCACAGGGUGUCCAGCUCUGGAUGCUGCCCUGGUCCUGCACCUGUACCACUGCAGUCACCUCCUACUGAAACUGGGCACAUUUGGGCCCCUGCGCUGUCAGGAGGCACGGGCCCUAGAGCGGCUGCUGCGCGAGGCCCGAGUACUCGAGGCGGUGUGUGAGCUCAGCAGGCAAUGGGAGAUCCCUGCCACCUCUGCCCAGGAAGUGGUCCAGUUCUCGGCCUCUCGGCCUGGCUUCCUGACCUUCUGGGACCAGUGCACAGAGGGACUCAACCCGUUCAUCUGCCCCGUGGAACGGGUGCUCCUCACCUUCUGCAACCAGUACGGUGCCCGCCUCUCCCUGCGCCAGUCAGGUUUAGCCGAGGCUGUGUGUGUCAAGUUCCUGGAGGAUGCCCUGGGGCAGAAGCUGCCCAGGAGGCCCCAGCCAGGCCCUGGAGAGCAGCUCACUGUCUUCCAGUUUUGGAGUUAUAUCGAAACGUUGGAUGGUCCCUCCAUGGAGGCCUAUGUGACCGAGACCGCUGAGGAGGUUUUACUGGUGCGGAAUCUGAACUCGGACGACCAAGCUGUGGUGCUGAAGGCUCUGAGGUUGGCACCUGAGGGGCGGCUGCGUAAGGACGGGCUGCGGGCCCUCAGCUCCCUGCUAGUUCAUGGCAACAACAAGGUCAUGGCUGCUGUCAGCACCCAGCUCCGAAGCCUGUCACUGGGUCCUGCCUUCCGAGAGAGGGCCCUCCUGUGCUUCCUGGACCAGCUCGAGGAUGAGGAUGUACAGACGCGAGUGGCUGGGUGCCUGGCCUUGGGCUGCAUCAAGGCACCCGAGGGCAUUGAGCCUCUGGUGUACCUGUGCCAAACGGACACAGAGUCUGUGCGGGAAGCUGCCCGGCAGAGCCUGCAACAGUGUGGGGAAGAGGGACAGUCUGCCCAUCGACGACUGGAGGAGUCACUGGAUGCCCUGCCCCGCAUCUUCGGGCCCGGCAGCAUGGCCAGCACAGCAUUCUAACCCCCUAGGCUCUCAGAGCCCCCCACCCCCACUUUCAGGGCUCACCAGGCACUGGUAGGGAGGGUGAAGACUGGCUCUGGACACCCCUCCGCCACAGAUUCCUUUCAAUGAAAAUCUAAUAUAUUCUGUUCUCCUUGGGGUUGGUAGUCAGUGCCUGCAGUCAAGUGCCUCCCAGCCUAGGCUCAGCACGCCCUUUGCCACAAAUAAGUGUCUGAGGCCUGACCACCCUGCCUCUGCCCCCUACAUCCCUUGGUUUUGUAUAUUAUUUACAGUUUUACAGAAAAUAAAAAAGAAGCAAAAUGCUUUUCCU